GCAGGCCAGCUCUAUCACCAGCAGAGAAGCGAGUUGGAUAGGCCACUCUCGUGCUUCCGGUGUGAGCGAGCUUGAAAUUAAAGGCUCUUCUUCUCAGUUCUAAACUCUGCUCGCUGCUUAGGCAAGAUGCUGGAGAAGCUGUGGGACGACGUGGUGGCCGGGCCUCGCCCGGAGACCGGCCUCGAGAAGCUCCGCAAGGCCGCCACAACCCGGCCUCUUGUCAUCAACAAAGAUGCCGACGGAGGAAGUACUGGCGAGGCGAGCGGUGCGUACAAGCGGGCGCAGUCCAUGCCGACGACCCCGACCACGCCGGUGACGCCGACGACGACGCCGCGCGGCAGCAACGUGUGGCGGAGCGUGUUCCACCCGGGGAGCAACCUGGCCACCAAGGGCCUCGGCGCCAACCUCUUCGACCGCCCGCAGCCCAACUCCCCGACUGUCUACGACUGGCUUUACAGCGACGAGACCAGGAGCAGCCAUCGCUAAAAUCCGUGCUGGUCGAUCUCUUUCACGCCCAUGUUUGCUGCUCCUCGUGGUUAUCUAAAAUACUAUAAAUACGCGUUGCUGUCGGAGAGGCUACCUUCUUAUCUUAUCUUUAGCUUGUUGCUAUGUUCAUAGUACUAGUAGCCAAGUACUACCGAAAGACCGGCACGCGUGUCAGCUAGCCUGGCUGCUCUGUUACUGAAGUGCUAGCGGCAAGCCGGCAACCCAAACGUACGCUGGGUGUUUGUGGAUGAACUUUUCAUAUGUAAAUAUUAAUGUGUGUGUCCUUUCAAUGUUUAAUUACCAACUAAAUGCAAUAAUAUCAACUUGAGAGCUUCUCUUGGUUUGUACUA